UCUCCAGCAUAAGAAACUUCUUUCUGCAGGAACCAACAAACCAAAUUCAAUUCUUCAAACUUCCAAAGAUUUUGUUGCAUCACAUAAAAGGGGCAAGGGCGGCAAACCUUCCUUGGUCAAUACAAACCCACCACGUGUCAAACACCCAAAGUUAGUUAAUUGCUUCUCUUCCUUCCUAAAACAGAGAAAAGACGUGCUGAAAGCAAUGGAUGGAGAAGAAGAAGAAGAAGAAGAAGAAAGGGAAGGAAUUCCAGCAACAGCGACGUGGUGGUGAUCAUCGUUGAAAGUUGAAAAUUUCAAAAUGGAAAUAAUAAUAAUGAAUUGCUGAAUGAAGAGAUGAAGAGGAAGAGAAGGAAAAGAUCAACAUAACAAAAACUUUUUUCUUCGUCUUUCUUCUGGAGUUCUGAGGAUGUUCUUGUUGUUGACAUUUUUACGGAUCAGCCCUCUUUGAAGGCGGCCGGAAUUAGACGUAGGUUGUAACAUAUAUAUGCCUUUCAUGGGUACAGGGGCUGUAGGAGAUAAUCUUGUUGUUGUUCCUGCUGUUAUUGGGUUUAAAGAUCAUCAAUUCAAACCUCCUAAACAGCUAAAUGUAAAUACUUUUAAAGAUAGUCCACCGCCGUUCGGAGGGAAACGGUCGCAGGAAAGCUUGAAGAAUCAGAAGGCAAGGAAAAGAAAUGCAAAAGACAAUUCUGCGUCUCCAUUGGUUUCGCCGCUUCAUUCGAAAUCUUUUGCUUGGAAAUUGGCUGCUGCAAUUGGUACAACAGAUGAUGAUGACGGGUUUGAUUUCAAGACGGAGCAUAAAACAGCAAGUUUACAAGAUGCUGCGGCGGAGCCUGUUCAUACUGUGGAUGAUGUGCCAGAUAUUCAACAGCCGAGUUUAGAUGGAAAGGAUGAUCAUAUGUCAGAGAAAGAUCAAUUGGUGCCUCGUUUAGAAACCGGUGUUGCAGGUGAUUCCCAACCCAGAGUUGAAGAUCCGGGUGGUGAUCCUGUCAAUGGAAUGAUAUUGGAAAGACAGGGUUCAAUUCUGAAACAGAAUGAAGAGUUGCAGUUCGAGGUCGAUAUGCAUGUUCCAGAAGUUGUUCAGGUUGAUUCGUAUUCGAAAGCGAAUCAAGAACUCAAUGAUCUGCAAAUGAAAGCAAAUGAAUUGGAGAAACUUUUCGAACAACACAAGCGUCGGGUUCUUGGAGAUCACUCGACUUCCAAGAAAUUGCCAUCUGACAGUAACUCAGGAAAGGAGUUAGAUGCAAAUUCCAUUACUAGUAUGGUGGUAGAUCAUGAAGAUUAUGGUAGAUUUAGUAAUAGUGGUGCUUCCAAGCUGAAAAUGGAGGUUGAUUUUCCAGAGUCCAAGGGUAAAUUUUAUGACAGGUACGUGGAGAAACGGGAUGCUAAGCUCAGGGAAGAAUUGGCUCAGAAAGAGGCCAAGAUGAAGGCCAUGGAAGAGAGUCUGGAAAGAAAUAGAGCAGAAAUGGAGGCCAAGUUCUCAGGGUACUCCUCAAGAAACCAAGACUCAAAUCUUAAUGCUCGUUGCCGUGCAGAGAGGCUUCGGUCCUUCAAUAUCCGUUCGACAGAUGAGAACAACGAACAGGUAUCAUUCAUAGACUCUGUUGAUGAUGAAUUUCCUGAGAAUAAUCUGUGGGAGUUACGUAGAUCACUCCCCUGGGAGUCAACAGAUGUUUCUUCGAGUAAUUCUGCAGCUAAGAAAGUUGUGUCUUCUAAUAGAACCUCGUCUUCCUCCAUCCCUCGAACUUCAACAAUCCCCAUCACAAAAUCGUUGACCAAACCUUCACAUUCUCCUUUGAACAAGCGACGGACCAUGCUAGAAAACUCGAAGGCCUCACCAACACACCGGCAGAGAAAGUAUAACCGUAGCAAGAGCAACAUUGACGAGUUUUCUAUCAGCAAGGAGUUCAAACCACGGGAGGCACAGUCCUUGAGAAAUAGCUCCGCUCGUGAGUCGAAAGACGCGUCGUCUGUCAUAGCAGAGCGUGUUGAUCAAACAAACAAAGCUUCGAAGCCCUUCCUCAAAAAGGGCAGUGGCGUCGGUCCUGGUGCUGGUGCUAAUGUUGCAAAGCUGAAAGCGUUGACGGCGUCUGAGAAUUUGAAAUCUGAAAAAGAGCUAGAUGAAUCACCUCAGAAGAUGCAAGAAGAUCCGGUUGCGGUCCUGGUCAAAGUGGAGGAGGAGGCAGAAGCACAUUCUGACCCAUUGAUUGAAGAACAAGGAUUUAUGGCUGCAAAUGCUGCUGUGAUAUCAGAAAAUGAAAACUUAAUGUUGAAGUGGGAAUCAGAAAAAUCCAGCCAUUCUGGGUUUAGAAACAGCGAGGUCCUUGAGUUAUUUUCUCAAGUGGAUCCUAAUGCAGUAGCUGAGGCUGCUGCAUUGCCAUCAACAUUACAUGGUAUCAUAGAACCUAUGCAGGAUUUUAUUGAAGAAAGUACUGGGUCCCGGAAUCCACUUGUGCAACCAACUUUUUCAUCAUCGGAUGAUGCAUGCUUGGAGUCUCCAAUAGGGAGCCAUUCAUCUUGGAAUUCCCAAUCUCUUACGAAGUUAGAGAGUGAAGUUAUGAUGAGGAAUAAAAGUGGAAGAACAAUUGUCCCAGCUAAUACCUCCCAUCAUCAUUACCGCAAGGAUGUGAAAAAAGGGAUCAAGAGGUUGCUAAAAUUUGGAAAGAAAAGUAAGAAAAAGGAGAGUAUCGUGGGUUGGGUUUCGCCUGCUACAACUUCAGAUGCAGAUUAUGACAAUGUGGAGAGCCGUGAUGACAAUUCAAAUCGGCCAUCAGAUGAACUGCAGAAGUCAAGGCUUGGGUAUCCUGAAAGUCGUACUUCCUACGAUUCCUUCAGCAAUAGCGAGGUGUACAGUGAACAAGCUAAACGUAGCUCCAAUCCUGCAGCUUCUGAAAUGUUCAAGCCAAGAGAGGACCGCAUAUCAGGAGGCUCCUCAAAAGCUCCACGGUCAUUUUUCUCGCUCUCAUCAUUCCGAACCAAGAGAAGUGAAUCAAAGUCCAGACUGAAGGAAUCUUACAAUUCUUACUAGCCGCAGAUGGGUGGCUAUAUCUAGUAGAAAGAAAGGAUAGCGAGCAAACAAAAACACAAAGAAAAAUUCGAAACAUACAUAGUCUACAUUCAUGUCGAAAUAGGUGUUCACGGCGAGUUUUGCAAGGAUUUUGCAUUCUGCUGCUUCUUUACAUGUAUUAUUUUGUUUGAUUGAAAAGCUCUUGUUUACAUAGAAGAAUGUAUAUUGAUCGAGUGUUGCGCACCGUUAUAUUUUUUCGGGAGUUUGGGUUGUUUGCCCAUCUAUCUCCUUGUGUGUAAUUGCGUGUGCUAGCUACUUAUAUACCAUAGUUUGUUUCA